UGUCUCCCAUCCUGACAACAUUGAACUGCUCUAUUGCUAAGUACUGUACUACUGCCUAGUUUACUAAAUUAAAAACAACAUGCACAAGCAAUCCAGUGGUUAGUCUAAAAACAUCUGUUUUGUCAGUAAAGGAAAUAUUGUUCGUUAACGGGGACUGAUACUGGAUCGCAUUAGCAAUGAUAUUGUCCCGGGUGAAGCCCGCGGUAGCAGCGGAGGUACCGGUCGUCAAGACCAAAGGGAAAAAGUCCCCUCUGGUGGAAGAUUAUCUGUCUCGGAGGGACUACCUCGGCGCCAUGACGCUACUGGAGUUCCAGCGGAAUGUUGGAGAGCGAGGGGAGGACGCCGACCUGUGGCUCAGCUACUGCGCCUUCCACUUGGGUGACUACCGCAGGGCCAUGGAGGAGUACAGGAUCCUGACAGUACAGGCUGACUGCAGACCGGAGGUGUGGGUGAACCUGGCCUGCUGUCUCUUCUGUCUGGGCCUCUACAAGGAAGCACAGGAGGCAGCCUUGAAAGGACCUGCGGACCAGCUGCAGAAUCGCCUGCUGUUCCAUCUGGCUCACAAGUUCAGUGAUGAGCAGCAGUUGAUGGGGUUCCACCAGAGGCUGCAGGAUGUGAGUGGAGACCAGCUCAGUCUGGCCUCCAUCCAUUACAUGCGCUCCCACUACCAGGAGGCCAUCGACAUCUACAAACGCAUCCUGCUGCAGAACAGGGACUUCUUGGCGCUGAAUGUGUACGUCGCUCUGUGCUACUACAAGCUGGACUACUAUGAUGUGUCCCAGGAAGUGCUGGCCGUCUACCUGCAGAACCUUCCAGACUCCACCAUCGCCCUCAACCUCAAGGCCUGCAACCACUUCAGGCUGUUCAACGGCAAGGCAGCAGAGGCUGAGCUAAAGAACCUGAUAGACAUCUCUUCCUGCUCCUUUGAGUUUGCCAAGGAGCUCAUCAAACACAACCUGGUGGUGUUCCGGGGAGGGGAGGGAGCGCUGCAAGCCCUGCCCGCCCUCAUCGACGUCAUCCCAGAGGCCCGUCUCAACCUGGUCAUCUACUACCUCCGCCAAGAUGAUGUCCAGGACUCCUACAACCUGAUCAAAGACCUGGAGCCAAGUACACCUCAGGUUCAGAGCAAUGUUAGUCUAAAUGUACACCAGCGUACAGAGUACAUCCUGAAGGGGGUGGUGAAUGCUGCCCUGGGCCAGGAGCUCUGCUCUAGGGACCACAUGAAGAUAGCACAGCAGUUCUUCCAGCUGGUAGGCGGUUCUGCCAGUGAAUGUGACACCAUCCCAGGCAGACAGUGCAUGGCCUCCUGCUUCUUCCUGCUGCGUCAGUUUGAGGACGUCCUCAUUUACCUCAACUCUGUCAAGAGUUACUUCUACAAUGACGACACCUUCAACUUCAACUAUGCCCAGGCCAAGGCUGCGGUGGGCAACUACCGAGAGGCAGAGGAGAUCUUCCUGCUGAUCCAGAGUGAUAAGAUCAAGACCGACUACGUUUACCUGAGCUGGCUGGCUCGCUGCUACAUCAUGAACCAGAAGGCUCGCCUGGCCUGGGAGCUGUACCUGAAGAUGGAGACGUCAGCCGACUCUUUCAGCCUCCUGCAGGUCAUGGCCAACGACUGCUACAAGAUGGGUCAGUUUUACUACUCUGCGAAGGCGUUUGACGUUCUGGAGCGUCUGGAUCCAAACCCGGAGUACUGGGAGGGGAAGAGAGGCGCCUGCGUGGGCGUCCUGCAGCUCAUCCUGGCCGGCAGGGAGUCCAGGGAGACCCUGCGGGAGGUGGUGCCGCUGCUGAUGAACUCAGGAAACCCCCAGGUGGAAUACAUCAUAAGGAUCCUCCGCAAGUGGGCCAAGGACAACAGGGUCUCUCUGUGAUGUCAUCACUCCUCGCCCAGGUGGAAUACAUCAUCAGGAUCCUCCGCAAGUGGGCCAAGGACAACAGGGUCUCUCUGUGAUGUCAUCACUC